CUGCUUUACCUUCGUGGCUUCCUAGUUCACAGUCCUCAUAUUUUUUUGUUGCUCACUAAAGUCCCAAAGAAAACAAAAAGUCAAAAACAAAAAUGGAGCAGACAUUCAUCAUGAUCAAGCCUGAUGGCGUUCAAAGAGGCCUGGUUGGCGAGAUUAUUGGCAGAUUUGAGAAGAAAGGGUUCACCUUGAAAGGCUUGAAGCUCAUCACUGUGGACCGUCCCUUUGCUGAGAAGCACUAUGCUGACUUGUCUGCCAAGCCAUUCUUUAAUGGAUUGGUGGAGUACAUCAUUUCUGGCCCUGUGGUCGCUAUGGUUUGGGAGGGUAAGAAUGUUGUGACAACUGGCAGGAAGAUCAUUGGAGCAACAAACCCUGCAGAGUCUGCUCCUGGAACAAUCCGUGGCGACUUCGCUAUUGAUAUUGGCAGGAAUGUUAUUCACGGAAGUGAUGGAGUUGAGAGUGCAAGGAAAGAAAUUGCUCUGUGGUUUCCGGAAGGAAUUGCAGAAUGGCAGAGCAGCCUUCAUCCUUGGAUCUAUGAGUGAAGAGUCAUCUGAUGCUGAGGUUCUCAACCUAUUUGCUUAACGUAUAUGUGAUGAUCCCUUGCAUUAGGGUAUUUAUAAGUUUUGACUUCAGUUGAGUUUGGAGGCUUGAUGUUACGCCUCUGAGAUCAGAUUUUAGCUAUGGUUAUGUGGAAUUAUCUUGAUAUUUAUCAUGACAUUUGCUACUUUUCCUAUUGAGUUCUGGUUUUUAGAUA